AUGUCCUCCCUCUUCUCCGUCUUCACCACAUCCUCCACACCCGCCAACAACACCGCCCAAACCUCCCAUUCUCAAGCCAGCCGCUCGCCACCGACCCCGAGCCAACGCACUGCCGAAGCCCGUGCCGCCUUCGACGCCUCACUUGCCUCCACAGGCGCGGCGGCGCUCGACAACGAGCUGCACUCACGCGCCAAGAACAUCCACGACAACGCCGCCCAUCUGGACGAGCAGGACCGGCGCGUGCAGAAGGAGACCAAGACGUUGCAUGGCGAGGGCGACGCCCUGGAGAAGGCGCUGGGAAAGGCCGAGAGGGCGCUUGGCGGCGAGAGCGCCGAUGGGUUUGAAGAUGAGAUCAGGAGGAUUGAGGCCGAGUUGGAUUUGCUGGACGAUGUGUUGGAUGAGGUUGAGGGGAAGCGAGUAGAUACGGACGCAGGUGAGCUGCACGAGGGAGGUGGUAAGAAGGCAGAUCGAAGUGAAGACUCAAAGGAUGGUGGCAAAGUUGUCGUAACGUGA